GAGAGAGAGAGUGAGUGAGUGAGUGAGUGAGAGAGAGAGGGAGAGAGUGGAGGAGGAGGAGGAGGAGGAGGGAGAAGGGAACAACCUACCAUCUUAACACACUAAUAUCUAAAAAGUGCGAGAGGCCCAGAGCAGCAGCAGAAGCAGCAGCAGCAGCUCCAGCUUCUUCCCUCCCUCCCCAUGAAGAAGAGUUCCCUCCUCCUCCUCCUCCUGCUUCUCCUGCUCAGAGUUCCUGCCUCCAGCUGCCAGGGGGGACAGCCAGCCAGCAGCAGGAGGUUGUGCACUCUAGGAAGGAAGCCUUUUCAUAGGCUUACUUUAUAGGGGUUCUUUGAGGCCGAGGAGCUGGGAUAUCGUCUUUUAAAAGAGAGUACUCACCCACACCAACAUCUGCAGCUUUAUGGAGGGCCUGGUAUGGGGACUGAAAUUGAGGGUAAGCCCUGUGAAGCCUUACUGUUUGUUUUUUUUUUUUUUUUUCGGUGUUUUUGUUAUUUGUUUACAUUUGAUGUUCACUCACGUUUGGGCAGAAGAAAUAAAGAGGUCAGCUGUGGUUUUGGGUUUUUUUGUUUGUUUUUGUUUUUGAAGGUUAGCCCUCUUCCCCCUCUCCCCCCCCAAAGUUUCACAAUUUACUUGGUUUAUACAUAGCCUUGUAGAAAACCAUUACUACAUUUUUACUGGAAAUACUAUUACUCAUUUUCAGUUCGGUAAGUUCUUUCUUAUUCUCUUCUGUCUUCACUUGUAUAUGGAAUCUGUGCUUGUGGGCUAAAUACUAGCUAUUAAGGGCCAUUUAAAAUGUCCGAAGAUUGAAUUUUAAAAUCUCAGGACUUGUUUUUUUGAUGGCAAACAGGAAGUUUUUGUAUGUAGUUGCAUUCAUGUUUAUUAAAAAUUGUCUGUGCUUAAAACUUUGUGGAUGUACAACUGUCCUUAAGAGAGGAAUAUGGUAAUAGUGUUGAAGACUCAAAACACAAACAUCUCACUAAGAUGUUAAAAUAUUCCAAGUGCUUUCUUUACAUCACACUUUGGUUUUGUUAACAAUACUAUUUGCAAUUUGACUGGAAAUGCUUGGCUGCCCAUUAUAAAGUCAUUUUAUGCUUAAGUGUAUUGGAAGGCAUUUUAACUUCAGUUUUGAGACAGCUUUAUUUUAAGUAUGUUGUACUUUGGACACAGGCAAGUCUUUAUUGAACUGGAAUAGUCAUAGAUAAAAAAGACCUAUUGAUGCCAUAUUUUAUUUUUAAAGUGUUAUAAAUGAUAGCUGGGGAAUUAUUUCUUUUAGCUUUGAAGGGUCCAUCCUUUCUCCUAUUCAAUUAUCUUCUGCUUACAUGAAGAUCCUUAAAUGCUAUCCAGCAGGAGGUGCUACAACAAGAUAAAGGAUUUUUUUUUUAUAAAUUUAAAUUUUUUUUAAAUUUAAUUUUGAGAGUUUUGCUACUUAUGGAAGCUCUGCUUACCUCUAAGCAACAGGAUUAAAGUUCCAGGAAGAUUUUGAGGGGCUGGAGAGCUGAAAGAGAGUCAGUUUCCCCAAAAUUGGACUUCUCAGAACCUUUAAUAUGCUAAAGUGCAUUGUGAAUCUCCAAGAGGGGGCUAUGAUAUGCAGCAUUCUUGAAUACUUCUAAUGACAGGGAGCCCACUACCUCAUAAGCUGCAGCGACAAGAGGAGCUUGUUAUUUUAAACAGAGGCUGAAGAAACCAUAUAACUAGCAGACAUAAGAGAGAGUAGAGAAGGCAGAGGAUGGAGCUGCAGACUCUACAGGAGGCUCUUAAAGUGGAAAUUCAGGUUCACCAGAAAUUGGUUGCUCAAAUGAAGCAGGAUCCACAGAAUGCUGACUUAAAGAAACAGCUUCAUGAACUCCAAGCCAAAAUCACAGCUUUGAGUGAGAAACAGAAAAGAGUAGUCGAACAGCUACGGAAGAACCUGAUAGUAAAGCAAGAACAACCAGACAAGUUCCAAAUACAGCCAUUGCCACAAUCUGAAAAUAAACUAACAACAGCACAGCAGCAACCACUACAGCAAUUACAGCAGUACCACCACCACCACGCCCAGCAGUCAGCUGCACCCUCUCCCACCUUGACUGCUUCACAGAAGACUGUAACUACAGCUUCUAUGAUUACCACAAAGACACUACCUCUCGUCUUGAAAGCAGCAACUGCGACCAUGCCUGCCUCUGUUGUGGGCCAGAGACCUACCAUUGCUAUGGUGACCGCCAUCAACAGUCAGAAGGCUGUGCUCGGCACUGAUGUGCAGAACACACCAGUCAACCUCCAGACGUCUAGUAAGGUCCCUGGGCCUGGGGCAGAGGCCGUCCAAAUUGUGGCAAAAAACACGGUCACUCUGCAGGUUCAGGCAACACCUCCUCAGCCCAUCAAAGUACCACAGUUUAUACCCCCUCCUAGACUCACUCCACGUCCAAACUUUCUUCCACAGGUUCGACCCAAGCCUGUGGCUCAGAAUAACAUUCCUAUCGCCCCAGCACCUCCUCCCAUGCUUGCAGCUCCUCAACUUAUCCAGAGGCCUGUCAUGCUGACCAAGUUUACCCCCACCACCCUCCCCACAUCCCAGAAUUCCAUCCACCCUGUCCGUGUCGUCAAUGGGCAGACCGCAACCAUAGCCAAAACGUUCCCCAUGGCCCAGCUCACCAGCAUUGUGAUAGCUACUCCAGGGACCAGACUCGCUGGACCUCAAACUGUACAGCUUAGCAAGCCAAGCCUUGAAAAACAGACAGUUAAAUCUCACACAGAAACAGAUGAGAAACAAACAGAGAGCCGUACCAUCACCCCACCUGCUGCACCCAAACCAAAACGGGAAGAGAACCCUCAGAAACUUGCCUUCAUGGUGUCUCUGGGGCUGGUAACGCAUGACCAUCUAGAAGAAAUCCAAAGCAAGAGGCAAGAGCGAAAAAGAAGAACAACAGCCAAUCCAGUCUACAGUGGAGCAGUCUUUGAGCCCGAGCGUAAGAAGAGUGCAGUCACAUACCUAAACAGCACAAUGCAUCCUGGGACCCGGAAGAGAGGUCGUCCUCCAAAAUACAAUGCAGUGCUGGGGUUUGGAGCCCUUACCCCAACAUCCCCCCCAUCCAGUCAUCCCGACUCCCCCGAAAAUGAAAAGACAGAGACCACAUUCACUUUCCCUGCACCUGUGCAGCCUGUGUCCCUGCCCAGCCCCACCUCCACAGACGGUGAUAUCCAUGAGGAUUUUUGCAGCGUUUGCAGAAAAAGUGGCCAGUUGUUGAUGUGUGACACGUGUUCCCGUGUGUAUCAUCUGGACUGCUUAGACCCACCUCUCAAAACAAUUCCCAAGGGCAUGUGGAUCUGUCCCAGAUGUCAGGACCAGAUGCUGAAGAAGGAAGAAGCAAUCCCAUGGCCCGGAACCUUAGCAAUUGUCCAUUCCUAUAUUGCCUACAAAGCAGCAAAAGAAGAAGAGAAACAGAAGUUACUUAAAUGGAGUUCAGAUUUAAAACAGGAACGGGAGCAAUUAGAGCAGAAGGUGAAACAGCUCAGCAAUUCUAUAAGUAAAUGCAUGGAAAUGAAGAACACCAUCCUAGCCCGGCAGAAGGAGAUGCGUAGUUCCCUGGAGAAGGUAAAACAGCUGAUUCGCCUCAUCCACGGCAUUGACCUCUCCAAACCUGUAGACUCUGAGGCCACUGCGGGGACCAUCUCCAAUGGGCCGGACUGCACUCCCCCUGCCAACGCCGCCUCCUCCACGCCGGCCCCCUCCCCCUCCUCCCAGAGCUGCACAGCAAACUGUAACCAGGGGGAAGAGACUAAAUAACAGCCCCGGAGCGAAGCCACGGGGUCCCGGCAGCGGCGAGGAGAGCAGAACGCUGAAGACUCUAGAAAAUCAAAGCUGGAUUUCUUCUGGAAAGUACAGAAUUCUUUUGGUUCUUUGGUUCCAGAGAGAGAGAAGAUGCUUGUGCCAGGUGGCACCCGAGUUUGCCAAUUGAUCCUUCUUACUCUGUGUGUACAUGCAAAGAUUGGACCAUGUUACAUGAAAUAGUGCCAGCUGGAGGUUCUUUGCCAGCACCAUGCCAAGUGAAAUAAUAUAUUUACUCACUCUAUUAUACACCAGUGUGUGCCUGCAGCAGCCUCCACAGCCACCAUGGGUUUGUUUUUGUUUGGUUGGGUGGGGAGCAGGGACGGGCGGAGGGAGGAGAGCAGGUUUCAGAUCCUUAUUUGUUUAGGAAGAGAAGACAAGUCCAAAGAGUGUGUGGGCUUUCCUGUCUCUAAACUUUCACUUCUAUAAAAACCAAAAAAGGAAAUCAAGAUUGAACCAACCCCAGUGCCCGCUGGAGGGAAGGGGCGGGCCUGGAGGGAGCUGGGGGUGGGGGAGUGUGUAUCACAUAGCAGUAUUUCAUUUCGUCCGGAGGGGGCCAAGUGCCCGGAGAGGUGGGCACCAAGAAUGGCCACUGGCGUCCUUCUCCCAGCUCUGCCCCCGCCUGGGGUGCCACUUCCCUGCGGAGGCCUCAGGCAGCUCCUCGACCCUGCUCGGCGGUGCACUGCUCCUAUGCGGUGAUCGCUAUUCCUCCCUCUCCGAAGAAAAGGAGGCAAGCCAGGCGCCGAGGCAGGGAAGAAGGGAGUGUGCGCGCGUGGUCCAGGAAGGGAAAACGGUGGAUCGGUGAUUUUACUUGAAAACAAGCUCCAUCCCUUUUCUAUAUUUAUAAGAAGAGAAGAUUCUGAGCGAAGCAGCACGAGGCCCAGGUGUGUGUGAACUGAAUGGAGACAUUUCUUUUCCUCUUUUUUAUUUUAUUUUGUUUUUGUUCUUGUUUUCUUUAAGCAAAGUUUUAUUUUGUUUCUUUUACUUUUUUGGUAACAAAAACUAAAAUAAGGAAUAGAAAAGCUGUUUUUCAGGCUGACAGUCCAAUUAAGGGUAGUCGAGACCUUGCAUGGUAGAAUAGGAAUCAUAGUGUCAGUGCGGUCCAGUGAGUCUUUGUGAGUCCUUGUGUCAUCGUUCGGGCACUGUUUUUUUUAUGCAAGGGCAAAAAAAAAAAAAUCUUUGUAUCUGGGGAAAAAAAUUACUUUUUUUUUAAUUAAAAAGGAAAAUAAAAGAUAUUGAGGUCUUCCUAGUGUUACUUAAAUUAAGAUCAAGGUAAGAAACAUUGUACAAAAAAUUACGAAAGUGCUAUUUGUUUCCUAAAAACAGUGAUUUCUAUUAAAAAGGUGUCAGAACUGGAGAAAAUGCCGUGUAGUUAUAAUUUUUUAGCACAGAACCUGCUGGACAUGAUGCCGUUUUGCUGUGUUUGUGUCUCUAGACUGGUGGGCCAGUCUCCACCGGGGCCGGGAGCACUCCCCGCCCCCCCUUCUCAGAACAGAUUGCACUGGGUGCUUGGCACAGAUCUUGCCUCCUGCUUUUGAAGCCCAGAUGAAGCGUGCAUGGUGUCAGGGCCCUGCCGUGGUCGCCUCAGAUUUUGCUAGGGCAAAGGCUGGUGCCUAAAUAAGAUCCUUUUCCUUUGGUGCUGCUCUCGGUCUUUCAGCCACCAGCAUUCCGAGUGCCUGGGGCUCCAGGCUCAUCAUGUGGGCACCCUGGCAUUGAGGAGGGCAUCAGAACAGAGGAGAGAGAUGUCUUGUGGACGCAGGGUUUCUGAGAGUCUGAUGGCCUUCUGGUCUGCCUUGCCUUUGAAGAGAGGUCCAGAGCUCUAGCCACUUUCUCUGCCUGCUGGCCCCAGGUGUCACAGUGGGGAACCCUCCCCCCCAGCUCCAUCGCCCACCCUCUUGCUUCCUGUGUCACCCUGGGCUAGAAUCCCUGUGCUUGCCUUGGCUUGACCUGUUGCAGCUUUUCCUUCUGUUUUAGAAAACUACAGUUUGAUCAUCUCUCAUCUCUCCAGUCGUGCUGUAUAGCAAGUGAACGGGUGAGAUGCGUGCUCUUAUGGAAGACCAUGGUCCCUUCCACAUCCCUGAGUGGCAGUGGUAGUGGUCAGGGCUCCACACCCUGGCCAGUGCAGUAGCAGCAUCUCUCCAGAGCCUCUUCCUCCCUCCUCCCCCCCAGAAUUGUAGGGGCUAGGGCUCAGCAGUAUAGAGAAGGGCUGCUUAGAGUGUCUCCUUUAUCCAGUUAGGCUCAGAGGAGCGGGGAUGGAUCCUGGAAGGAAGUGCCACAGAGAAGAGAUGCUUAGGGUGUGCCAGCUCCCCGUAGCAACCACUUUACCCAUCUUCCCAGCACUCCAAAAGAAAGCAUCCUGUUUGGCUGCCCAGGCCCUGGAGUGAGCUGCAGGUCGGCUAAAGGAAACAGAGGUGAGCCCCCUAUGUUGAGAAGCCAAGGUGCUAUGUGUAGUAGGAGCUGGGAGAUGCCUGGACUCGCUGGAGGAAUGGUUGGCAGAAGAUCAGAGACCCCGCAGCAGGCUGGACGCCCUGUCUCGGCUCCCCUGUUGGACUUGUCUGGGCCUAUAGGCCAGGGCUUGCCACACAGUUCCUGUCUUUGCUAGAAGGAGAUUGGGAAGCCAUCAUUAGUAGGAGCCUUUGCCCCAGAAGAGCUACAAGAGUUGGCCAAUUUUCCCUCCUGCUGCGUUGCGUGGUGUCACGUAUGUUCUUCCUAAAGGUCAGACAGGAGCUGCUUGAGUCAGCAGGGGUGGAGGAGAGAAUGCAGUCUGCCCUAGCCUCCAUUCCUCCCUCAAAUUCCACAACAGAAACUGCCCUGCUGAGAAGAGCUCCCCCUGAUCCACCCAGACCUGCAGGUACCCGAGACGCCCCCCCAUCCCCACCGCACCCGAGCUGCCUCCACCUCCUUCCCCUGCCCAGGAUUCAGCUGCUCUAUUGGCCACCUAGGCGGCCACAGCUGGCUUCGAAUCCCUGAGGACCCUGGACUUGGGGUUUCCUUAUCAGUUUCAGAUCAGGCCUGAACCCUGGAGGCCCUGAGGUCAUGUGUCAUUCCCCACCUGGUGCAUUCUUGGCCUGCAGGUGUGUUUUCUUUGCCUGAGCCUGCUGAGUCCUGUCUCACCUGGCCGAGCAACAUCCACUUCGCAUUUCUUCCUUCCUUGGUAGGCCCUUCAGGGCAAGCCUGCUGGUCCCUGCAAGUCCCUGGCUGGCCUGACCUGUGUGGGAUCUGCCUCUAGCUCUUGCUAUAGGGCUGCCUCUCUGUGCCCUUGUUCAAGGCUCAAGCCCAGGAGGCAGUGAGAAGGGUGCGCUCACCCAGCGCUGCCCAGGGUGACUGCUUCCAGCUUGCCCAGCUCCUCCACCCCUGGGACUGUUCCAGCCCCACACACAGAAGCCGUCUCUCCCUUCAGGCCUUGCUUGGGUGUGGUCCUUUUUAUUUUCCUCAAGGGCUGAAUUUAGGAAACUUACUCACUCCAGGGGCAGGAAGCUUCUAGGGGAUUAAGAUGGGUGGUGGCUAGGAGGAUGUCUUUAAGGUCUCAGAUCUGGUGGCUUCGGUUGGAGGCAGGCAACUUUCACUCUGGGGAAAAAUGUCUGGGCCUUACCCCACCCCUCAGCCGGGCACCCUUGGCAGGAAACAACCCCAUUCUCACCCUUGUCAGCUCCUCUCCAAAAAGGCUGGGGUGGCCCCUGGAAAGACUUUUGCCUUCCCCCUGGAAUGAAGGCAAGGAAGCUGGGGCCGCCCUUCCCGACACCCAGGGUGAGGCUCUUAGCUGUCUAGAGGGAGGCACACACUCGAAUCCCACCAGGCACCCCUCUCCUGAGCUUUCCCGAGGCCUCCGUCUGCUGCAGCAGCCUUGGCCCCUGCACCUCUCUCCAAUAUCUGAGGCUCUCUGCCCAGAGUGAGCCGCGGGCAGGAGGGGCAGACCGAGGUCAGCAGGCUCCGAGCAGAGGAGAGAACCAGCCAGACCCCAGUCCUGUCUCUUGUCCAUGCCCUUUGUGAUUUCAGUCAUGGUAGAACUUGUAUUUGGAGUUUUGUGCUUCAAAGUUUUUGUUUUUGUUUGGUUUUUGUUUUCAGGGGGUGGGGGUGGGGAUACAGAGCAGCUGAUCAAUUUGUAUUUAUUUAUUUUAACAUUUUACUAAAUAAAGCCAAAUAAAGUC